AUGUCUCGCAAAGAGAGCGGAGGCCGGGCAAUGCCUCGGGAGGUAGUGCUGUCCAAAGCGCUCUCGCAUCUCCUGCGGCAUUCAGCAGAGAAGGAACAUCUUAAGAUCAGCAAAGAAGGCUAUGUGAACGUGGCAGACCUGCUCGAAACGAGGAAAGUGAAAUCUCUAAAAGCGACGCUACCGGAGAUUUUGGAGGCAGUGUCUAGCUCAAACAAGCAACGGUUCUCCCUGCUCUACGUUUCACCGGAGAAUAUGGAGCAAGGGACAGAAGGCAGUCAGCAGCAACAAGACGUGGCUACUUCCACGGCGGCUUCGGAAGAGAAGCAAAAAAGUGCGACAACGCAUGCCUUGUCUGUCAACGACAAAGAUGCAUCGCAUUUUCUCAUUAGAGCUACUCAAGGCCACAGUAUAAAAUCUGUUGAUACAACACUUUUCCUAGAGAGAUUGAGUCUUAGCGAUUCCAAAGAAGAGAGUCCAGCGACAAAGCUGCCGGAUACAGUUGUCCAUGGCACAUACCAUGGCGCAUGGCCGUUGAUUCUCGCUUCUGGGGGACUGCAAGCUAUGAGCCGAAUACAAGUACACUUUGCCAUUGGGCCGACAGUUGAUGAAGUCUUUCCCAAUGGACGAGAUGCCGCACCAGCCAAAUUAGAAGACAAAUCAAACCAGAUAGUCAUUUCUGGAAUGCGGUCAGAUGCAGAAAUUUUGAUCUUUAUAAACUUGCGAAAGGCAUUGGAAGCCGGUUGUCCGUUCUAUAGAAGUGAAAACGGCGUGAUCCUCAGUGAAGGCAUAGCUACUGGCGGUGAUAGUCCUGAUACUAAAAAGAUGGUUCCUCUGGAUUUCUUUGAUCUGGUUGUCGAGAGGAAGGUUGGACUCGGAGUUUUGUGGGAAAAUGGAAAUGUUGUCCAAGAACUACCAUCGCAUUUGGCAGAGAAGAAGAAUCCGAAGCAAGUUAGGGGGGGUGGCAGAGGAAGAGGGAGAGGGCGAGGGCGAGGAGGCAGAGGACAGCCAUGA